AUGGCUUCGGCGACUUCCAGUGAGGGCAGCCGUGCGGUGAAGAUGACUAACCCGAUUGGGGAUGGCGUCGACUCCCCCGAACAGCGCCAGCUCAUCGAAGGGCUACCACUCGCAUUGGAUCUUACUCUGACAACCUUCGAUUCCAACUUUGAUCAAUCAGAGUACCGCGAGCGCUUCGAUCACCCCGUCCAUCCCCUCAAACCUCUACCCUCUAACCAGCCUCUCCACGCGCCUGUCUUUGACGAUCUCCCCGCGACUGGCCACGGCGCCGACCCUCCCUCCCCCAUUGACGCGUACGCCGCCAUCAUCGAGGGCGCCGAUUCUUCCUCCUCUUCCAAGGCACCUUUUACACGUGGGCACCGCCGUCGUUCCACCCACGUUACUCGCCGUGACCUUGAGAAGUUUCAAAAGGAGGUCCUGGGCGUUGAAAACCGCGCCUCCUGGUACGACGAGGAAAACGGCUCCUCGCGCCCCAUCAAUCCAAACGAUCCCCAGCUCGAGGAAUUGAAUCGUGCCUUUGCGCUCGCCGAUAUGUCCAUGAACAGCGGUGCUGGUGGAAUGGCUGGCGGAAACAAUCCAGGACCGGGCAUGUAUUCCAAUUACACGGAGAAUUCGCCCACUCCAAACAUGGGCGGCAUGCCGAGACAACCACCCAGCCCCGCAUACCCUCACUCCGCUCCCCAAGUGAAUGGUGCUGGUGCAGGUGCUGGUGGGAUGGGUGCCGCGAUGAAUGCUAGCAUGACUAUGAAUGCGGGUCAUCAGAUGGACUUACAUCACCUGUAUGAGAUGGUGCUGGAGCUGAGUGAGGUGCUGAAGAACAACCGAGAGAUCACAAAGAACAUUGUCUCAAGUGCCGAAGAAGUCAUGAAGCAUGGCAAUUCAGAGGAUGCAAGUGCCGUUAUGCGGCAUGUCAACGGCGAGAUCUCCGCUGCCCGCAUCUCUGAGCUCGAACGUGCCCUCGCCAAGGAAAAGCGACUAACCGAGGAUCUAAGACGUGAACAAGUUGAGAACACCAAACUGAUCAGUGACUACGAAGCCAGCGUGGGCACCAUGGUGGAGCAGAUCCGCAACUACUGCCAAAACAACAACAUGCAUUUCCUAUACCAAAAGUCCCAUUACAACAACCUCCUGCAAGCAGAGCGAGACGCACAUCUGGAGAGCCGUCUUGACCGGGACUAUUGGCAUACACAAACAAUGAGAUGUGCACAAAUGAUUCGCAACGCACACCAACUCAGGUCGACUGAAGAAGAAGUCCCUCUCCGCAUCAUUUCUGGUCUACAAAACGAAGUCCGCGCAUACCGCAACGCUUUGGGGAUGGCGCCCGAGAAGCCAGAAGAGGAAUAUGGCUGGGAGAUUCUCAAGGACGUUUCUCCGGAAUGA